UCCCAAUUGUCAGUCACACUUCAUAAGGCGUCUUCAAAGGCAGAAAAAUAAAUUCAGCACAAUUAAACUGCUAAAUAUUGUACAAAAAUUGUAAAAUAUAGAAUAUUAUAUUAUUAAAGUGAUAUUAAAGCUACUCUGUAGUUAAAAUGUUAAAAGGACAUCAUAAAAAUAAGUGAAAAGUACGGUUUUUCACAUUUUCCAACGCAAAGGCGAUACGAUGAAGUGGUCGUGCAUUGUGCAAAAGGGGGCGCAAGUAACAGAAAACACCAGAAGCCAUUUGGCACUGGGUGUGGGAAGUAGUGCGCCUGUUAGUGUUAAGCGUAAAAGGAAAUGUGGCAAAAGCGGCAAUUUCGCUGUGGGCCACUUUAUCGAUGCUUGUUGUUUUUUUAUUCGGACUUUUGUUUUGCUCGCGGUGGCUGCGGUAUUUUUGUUUACAAUCGACAGCGUCAAUGCCGCCGCUACUUCCUUGAAAGCGCCACACGAAGGAGAUAGUGGGACAACAGCGGGAGGGCGACAUCAACAUCAACACGCUGCCGUCAAUGCUGCUGAAUUGCACGAAUACGAGCACGAGGAGAAAGGCUAUUGUGCGCCAUACAAUGGUAUAAUUUGUAAGCAAUAUAUAAGCGGACAGGUAUGGUAUAGUCGUGAAGAUCCGACGGGCGGCUGGAAGAAUGAGCAAAUUACAACCGCAUUGUGGGAAGAAUUAAUUGCAGACUUGACGGGAUUAUGCCGCCAAGCGGCAGAGAAAAUGCUGUGCGCCUACGCAUUCCCGCAUUGUCAGAGGGAAAAUGGACGUACAAUAAAAGUGCCGUUAUGCUAUGAGGAUUGCACAGCGACACAUUUACAAUUCUGCUACAACGAUUGGGUGUUGAUUGAGGAGAAGAAGGAGCGUAAUAUAUUUCUGAAGAGUCGCUUGCAUUUCCGGUUACCCAACUGUAGCGUGCUACCAAGACACAAUGCCACCGCAAAGAAACCGAAUUGCUCGUACAUUGGACUAACGGAACUUAAAGAAGAUGAAGUAAGCUACGAUUGUCGCAAUGGCAACGGCCGUUACUAUCUCGGCACGGUAAAUGUAACGAAAACGGGCUUGCCAUGUCAACGCUGGGACGUGCAACAUCCGCACAAACAUAUCCAACCGCCACAGGUGUUUCCGCAAAUAGCUAAUGGUGAAAAUUACUGCCGUAAUGCCGGUGGCGAAGAACCCUAUCCAUGGUGUUACACGCUCGAUGAGUCCGUCCGUUGGCAGCACUGCGAUAUACCACUCUGCCCUGACUAUAUUGAUCUCACUGCCAAAGAUCUUAAUGCACCCAUAAAAAUGGAAACUUUUUUCACACCAUCCAUGAUCUUCCUACUCGCCGGCAUCGGUUUCGUUGGCAUUGUGGCGCUACAUUUGAUUAUUUUACUGGUACACAAGAUAUCUAAGCAUAAAGAGUUUUCGUCGCAACAACAACGCCAACCAGUACCAACCUCCGAGUGCAAUGUUUCGGUGCGCGGCGGUGGCGAUUGCAAUUUGACAGAGAGCAGAGAAACUUUAGGUUCGAACAAUGCGGUAGCCAUAAGCAACAAGUGUGGCACAAUUAAAAGUACAGCAACAGUACACAGUGUAGCCGAGCCCAAAACAAAUUUAAACACGAAAUUGGAGAAACUGGAAUAUCCACGUGGCGAUAUCGUAUAUGUGCGUUCGUUGGGGCAAGGCGCUUUUGGAAGGGUGUUUCAGGCUAAAGCACCUGGUCUUGUGCCGGGCAACGAUGACUAUCUGGUCGCCGUGAAAAUGCUGAAAGACGACGCCAGCGAUCAAAUGCAGAUGGAUUUCGAACGUGAGGCCUGCCUCUUGGCUGAAUUCGAUCACGCCAAUAUUGUUAAGCUACUCGGCGUAUGCGCAUUGGGACGACCCAUGUGUCUACUCUUCGAAUUCAUGUCACCGGGUGAUUUAAGUGAAUUUUUACGCGCCUGUUCACCCUAUGCCACGCAUCAAAUACAACAACGCAAUCGUCAGGAAUUGAAUGAGGGUCACUUACUACAGAUAGCGGCACAAAUUGCUGCCGGUAUGGUUUACUUGUCUGAACGGAAGUUUGUACAUCGCGAUUUGGCCACACGCAAUUGUCUAAUCAACGAACAAAUGGAAGUGAAAAUUGCCGAUUUCGGCUUAUCACAUAAAAUAUACUUGCAAGACUACUAUAAGGGUGAUGAGAAUGAUGUUAUACCGAUACGUUGGAUGCCACUCGAAAGUAUAUUGUACAACAAAUUCUCCAUUGAAUCGGAUGUCUGGGCUUAUGGCAUAUGCUUGUGGGAGAUAUUCUCGUUCGCAUUGCAACCCUACUUUGGGCUGACACACGAAGAGGUGAUUAAGUUCAUCAAAGAAGGCAACGUGCUGAGCUGUCCGGACAAUACACCGUUAUCGGUGUAUGCUUUAAUGCGUCGUUGUUGGAAUCGUAAACCAAAUGAACGUCCCAGUUUUGCGGAAAUCAAUCAUUGUAUACAACACAGUUUGGUGGAGUACGAGUGCAAAACGAUGAUGUAGAGCGCGUGUGGUGGAGAAAAAAAGCAACUGUACUUACUUUCAACUGGCCAUAUACAUACAUACAUACAUCCAUACAUAUAUACAAAGAAAUAUUUUAGUAUAAGUGCAACAACAAAAACACUUCCGUUCGAAAAUACUCAGCAAUGGUUGGUUUAAAAAUUAAGUUCAUAUGAAAUAGCUAUAGUUUUGCACAUAAAAAAUUGUGUAACAACAACAAUAAGCACAAAUUAUGCAUUUAUAUGGAGCUAAUAUAUAAUAAUACUUACAAACGUGUACUCAGAAAAGUUGUGUUCAGGCAAUAAUUUAUGUAGUUGUGUGCAAAAUAUGCAGUCCAGCUCAACAAGUUUCCUUACUUUUAUAUAUAUUUUUAUUGAAUAAGUAUACUCAAUCAUUUAUUAUAAGAUAUAUUUGAUUUUUUUUUCAAUUUUUUAGAAAUAGUAUACACAAAUUUUAUGUUGAAACAAGAAAAAACUAUAACUUCGGCUUUACCGAAGCUAUAAUGCCUCUCACAGGUGCAUUUCUGAGCAUAUAAAAAUUUUUAAACUUGAUUUUGAUUGAUCAAUUUCUAUGACAGCUCUAUGUUAUAGCUGUCCGAUCUGAACAAUUUCUUCGGAGAAUGUACCAGUGUUUUGGCUUAUAAUUCAUGCCAAAUUUCGUGAAGAUAUCACGUCAAAUGAAAAAGUUUUCCAUACAAAGACAUAAUUUUGAUCGUUAAGUUUCUAUGGCAGCUAUAUGCUAUAGUAGUCCGCUAUGAACAAUUUCUGCGGAAAAUAUACCGUUGCUUUGUCUAAUAAUUCAUGCCAAAUUUCGUGAAGAUAUCUCGUCAAAUGAAAAAGUUUUCCAUACAAAGACUGGAUUUUGAUCGUUAAGUUUGUAUGGCAGCUAUAUGCUAUAGUGGUCCGAUAUCGACGGUUCCGAUAAAUGAGCAACUUCUUGCAGAGAAAAACAUAGGUACAAAAUUUCAGAUCGAUAUCUCAAAAACGGAAUGACUAAUUCGCCUAUAUACAGACGAACGGAGAGGACAGGACAGGUGGUUAAAUCGACUGAGCUAUGAUGCCAAUCAUUUACGAGUAUAUGUAUGUACUCUACAUAAUUUCCGACGUUUUAUUUGUAGCGUUACUAACGUCGUGACAAAUUCAAUACACAUUGUUAAAGGUAUAAAAUUUCAUUUUUUUAAACAUCGAAUAUUUUUGUAUAAAAAAAAUCCUCCUCAAACACGUUCCAAUCAUCGAGCAGCGCUAGUCUGCACUAUUUAACUCAACGAAUUAUACUGAUAAUUUUUAGAUAUGUAUUUAUAUAUACACAUACAAUAAUGCAUCAGUAGCCAACAUAUCUGAUGGAUUUUUAAAUAAAUUCAUGUUUAUUGAUUUACUUUUACAAUAAAAAAGAAAAUUUGUUUGCUAUGAGUACAAUAUUUUUUAAUAAUUUAUGCGCAAAGCAAAAAAAAGAGAUUUAUUUGAGCAAAUAUAUAUCAUAAAAAUAUUUAAAGUCAAUAUAUACACUUGUACAUAAUAUACAGUGAAACAAACGAACAUACAUAGAGACUUAAUUGCAUAUUGUAUAACAAAUAACCGAUGUUUGUGUAAUAAUAAAAUAAACUUUAAAAAAAGACACUACAAAUUUUCAUACUAAAUAUUAAGUAAGACUCGUAUCAUGUUUAUAAAUACAUACAUACAUAUGUAGUUUCUUAAUAAAUAAAAAAUUGGUGACAAAAGUAAAGGAAAAUGUGUGUUGGAAUAAUGCUCAUUUCAAAACAAUUUUUUUUUAUUAUAAAUGUUGUUUUUUAUUAUUAUAAAUAUUAUUUAUUAUUUUUUUUUAUAUUAUUUAUUAUUUUUUUAAAUAUUAUUUAUUAUUUUUUUUCUACUAUUAAUAUUUUUUAUAAUUAUAAUUAUAUAAAAAUACUUUUUUUAGUAUUAGUUCUUAUCAGGGUUGCAAUUAAUGCAUCAAAAAAUAGUUUCAUAAAAAAUUGAUUUAAUUUUUUUUAUUUUGUAAUCCGAAAAUCUUUAUGAAAAAUAAUUUUAUAUUUUAAAUAUAAUAAUUGUAUAUUUUGUAAAUAACUGUAAUAAAAUGUCCAACUCAACAUUCAGUAGUAGUAGUCAUAACACGCCCAAGGAUGGUAAUAACAGUAGGGCCGCUCAUACUCCACAACGCCCACUCCACCAACAACAACGGGCGCUCUCCAACCAUAACCGCCACGGUAA